AUGAGUCCCACCCACAAGGGUUACAGCGGCGCAAGUGUUGCCAGCAAGAGUGGCAGCAGCAACAGCAGCAGACAUAUUAACCUGAAUAACGGCAGCAAUAGGCCCUACCAAAGUGGAAACGCUCACAACGGAAGGGGAAAUCGACCCAACGUGUACAUCUAUCGAAUGAACGCAAAGAGCAAAGCUUGGCAGGGAGAAAAUAAAGCGGAAGAAGCGGCAGUAGCAGCUGACGUAGCAGAAGUGGAAUUAUCCAAGCAUGACGAUGAGUAUGACGGGAAUUUUUUAAAAAAAGAUGUUUGCAAUUUAGGCAAAAUAAAUAACGAAAAGUCAAACAUGAAUAGUAAUGCCACCUCAACAAAUUUUAAAGAAGAAGAAUCAAACAUAGAGAAUGUGGACAUGGACACAGAGCAGAUUCGUAGUAUGUAUAUACAAAAGUUAAACUCUACGCAAUCUACCAUGAACAUGGAAGGGAAUAAUGAUACAUACAAGGAGGAGGAAUUGAUGCUGAUGCAGAAUGGAAAGAGCAUAAUGGAGGACUGUAACUAUAACUACAAAAAUAAAAAAAUGAUCAAAAGUAAACAUAAAAAUAAAAAUAACAUGUUGGAGGAUAAAAUGGAUCACCAGCUAGUCAACGAAGAAGAUGGAGACCAAGAAAUGUACAACCAUUCAUUUUAUCUGUCAGACAAUAUGGAAGAAUUAAGCACCGAUGGAAAGAAUAUCUCGUUCAUUAAGAAGAUCAAAAUGUGCUUAAACUAUUUUGGCCCAGGAUGGAUCGUAGCCAUAGCCUAUUUGGACCCAGGAAAUUUGUGCAGCAACUUAAAUGUAGGGUUAAUCAGAUCAUCAGAUGAUAAUGUUAAUAACAAUUUGGUAAAGGAUUAUACAGGGUAUCGUUUACUAUGGAUUUUGGCAUACGGUCAUGUCCUGGGUUUUGUCUUCCAAGUGUUAUCUAUAAAGCUGGGACACGUGACAGGGUUAGAUUUGGCAUCCAUAUGUUACAAAGAAUUUGAUAAAAAAUAUUCCUACUUACUGUACAUUUGUGUGCAGAUUGCCAUCUGGGGUGCACACCUACAAGCCAUUGUAGGUACCUUUGUAGCUAUACAUUUGAUUUUUGGGAUAUCUGUCAAGAUAGCAAUUUUGUAUACCCUAGUAGAAGCCCUAUUGUAUAGUUUCCUCGAGAAUAAAAGUCUUAAUCUUUUGGAAAAUGUCCUAAGUUUGCUCAUCGGAUUGCUAGCUCUCUGCUUCAUUGUUAACGUCUUUAUGACCCCAAUUAACUACAAAGAGGUGGCUUACAGCAUUCUGUACCCACGAAUUCCUCCGGGGAAAGGAUUUGAUGCCAUGGCGUUAUUGGGUAGUAUCAUAUCAGCACAUGUUUUUUAUUUACACACAAAUUUGACAUCCAAGAAGAAGGCUGUAAUAUUUAACGACAGAAUGUUAAAAAGGUACAACACGCUGGGGACCAUCGAAUCGGCAGGUUCGCUGUUUCUUUCCUGUGUCACCAACUGCAUUAUUGUACUAACCUUUGCAGAGGUUAAUAUUAAUCCGAACGACAAAAGGGAUGCCUACAACCUUUUCACAGCAUACGAAGUGAUGAAAAAAUCGUUUGGGAAGAUUUCCAUGUAUAUAUGGUCCUUUGGUUUGCUAAGUAGUGGAAAUAACUCGAGCUUUAUGUGCGAAUAUGCAUCCAAGUCUGUAUUCGAAGGAUUUUUAAAUAAAAAAGUUAACACCUUCGUACGAGUAUUAUCUUUCCGCUUCUUCCUUUUCUCCAUUUUGUAUUUAUUCUUACUCUACGAUAAAUACAGCAUUGACCAGCUGACAAAUUUUAUCAAUGUCAUCGAAGUCCUGCUGCUACCUAUGGCCAUUGUCCCCCUCUACCGAUUUAGUAUUCAUAAAAAUGUGUUAGGAAAAUUUGCCUUAACAAAAUACUCCAAAUUAUUUGUUUUCGUCAUUGUUAUUUCGAUAAUCAUUGCCAACUUGAUGCUAACAGUUUUUGAUUUCAUUCAGAAAGUGCCCAAUCUGUACUUUGUUUGUUUUGCCAUCGUUUUCUCCUUCCUCUAUUUAUCGUUCAUGUUUUUCCUCUUUAAAAUGCCAAUUACGAAGACCUACUGUCGCCAGCACUGA